CUUGGAUUUUCAUCACCACCUAAUAAACUUUGUGUGGCUAAAAAAGAAGAUGCGUUACCUUACUGCCACUUUGAUAGCAUUCUUGAGCAUAUUACCUCAAGUGUUUGGAGGUAAAAUAUUGGUUUAUCCAUUGGAUGGAAGUCACUGGGUGAACAUGAAGAUCCUGAUUGAGGAAUUACACACAAGAGGUCACUACGUGACCGUGCUUAGAGCCUCAAACAGCUGGUAUAUCAAGGAAAAGUCUCCUUUUUACACCUCCAUCACUGUUUAUAAUACUGGUGGCAUUGGAGAGGAGCUGCUUGAUGCAUUUGCAAAAGAAAUCUUGGUCAUUAGAAGAGAGAAACUGUCUUUUUGGAACCACCUCACACUGUCCACAAAGGUUGGAACGGUAUUUGAAGAGAUGCAUCGCAAUCAACUUGUCUUAAUGGGGAAAAUCUUUGAAAAUAAAGACUUGAUGGCUUCCCUUCAGACUGCAAAAUAUGACCUAGUUCUGACAGAUCCAGCUUUUGGAGGUGGAGUUUUCCUGGCACACCGUCUUGGUCUUCCUGUUGUGCUAAAUGUCCGUUGGACGAUGCAUGGAGAAGCACAUUACGAAAUAGCUCCUUCACCACUAUCAUUUGUUCCUGUACCAGGACUACAACUGACAGAUAAGAUGACGUUUGGUCAACGUAUAAAGAAUGUAAUGGGAUACAUGUUUUCGUUGUAUCACAGAGCCAGGUUUGUCUCCUCACACUACCAGUCCUUCUGCAAUAAAUACUUUGGAUCAGAAAUUAAAUUCGAAUCCCUCCUUCGGGAUGCAGACAUCUGGCUCAUGCGAAACGACUUCACGUUUGAGUUUCCACGACCAACAAUGCCCAACAUCGUCUAUAUGGGCGGCUUCCAGUGUAAACCCGCCAAGCCGCUUCCGGCUGAUCUUGAUGAGUUUGUGACGAGCUCUGGAGAUCAUGGACUCAUUAUCAUGUCUCUAGGUACUCUUUUUAGCCAUCUUCCACAAGACAUCACAGAGGAAAUUGCUGCCGCUUUUGCCAGAUUGCCUCAAAAAGUCAUUUGGAGACACACCGGACCUCGACCGGUUAAUAUUGGUAAUAAUACAUUACUUGUGGACUGGUUACCUCAGAAUGACCUGCUUGGACAUCCUCAAACUAAAGUGUUUAUAACACACGGAGGCACUAAUGGCAUCCAAGAGGCCAUUUAUCAUGGGGUGCCCAUUUUGGGUCUACCUAUAGUAUUUGAUCAACCUGACAAUCUUUCUAGAAUGAAAGUUCGAGGCACAGCUAAACUUGUGGAUAUUUCGGAGCUGGACAGGACGAUAUUUGUCCAGGUGCUGGAGGAAGUGCUGUACAACUCAUCUUACAGGGAGAACAUGCAGAGACUGUCCAAGCUGCACCACGACCAGCCAAUGAAACCUCUUGAUCGUGCUGUCUUCUGGAUUGAGUUUGUCAUGAGGAAUGGAGGAGCUUCUCAUUUACGAACACAGUCUUUCAGAAUGUCCUGGAUUGAGUACUACUGCAUAGAUGUUGUUUUGACUUUGCUGAUGAUAGUUGUAUUGUUUUGUUUCAUGAUUUACUCCAUCAUAAAAUGUCUGUGUUGUAAAGUAGUGUUUAAGAAGAAAAUUAAAGCUGAGUGACUGCAUACUUGGGCAAAAUCUCAGAAAUUAAUUCUAUAAUUGCUGUUUCUACUUUCCUUUUUUGAAUGAAAAUAUACUGUGAAAUAUUACAAUCAUAAAACUCUUCUCCUUUUAUCUAAUCCUCUAAUCCUUUUAUUUUUUUUUCCGAAAAUCUAAAAUCAGAAAGCUAAACCUCAUCACAAAUUACAUACAUUUUAUAUAUUUAUAUAUAAAAAAAGAGUGAAAUAAACAUUACUUUGUGGUUUACUUUUUUGUUGUUGUUGUUGUUAAAGUUAAAUUGAAAAAUUGUUUUUGAACACUAAGAUUUUUAAUAAUUUUUUUAAAGAAGUCUCUUCUGCUCAGCAAGCCUGCAUUUAUUUGAUCCAAAGUACAGCAAAAACAGUAAAAUUUUAAAAUAUUUUUAUUAUUUAAAAUAACUGUUUUCUAUUUGAAUAUAGUCAAAAUGUAAUUUAUUGCUGUGAUCAAAGCUAAAUUUUCAGCAUCAUUUCAGUGCCAGUGUCAUACGAUCCUUUAGAAAUCAUUCUAAUAUGCUGAUUUUCAAGAAACAUUUAUUAUUAUUAUUAUUAUUAUUAUCAUCAAUAUUUAAAACAGCUGAGUACAUUUUUUAGAAAGAUUCAAAGAUCAGCAUUUAUCUGAAAUAAAAAGCUCUUGUAACAUUAUACACUAUACCAUUCAAAAGCUUGGAGUCAGUAUCAUUUUUGGGUGGUGGAGGGGAAGAAAUUAUUAAAAUCAAUACUUUUAUUUAGCAAGGAUGCUUAAAGUGAUUAUAAAGACAUUUAUAAUAUUACAAAAAAAAAAUAUUUCAGAGAAAUGCUGUUCUUCUGAACUUUUUAUUAAUCAAAGAAACCUGAAAAAAAAAAAUACUCUGAAAUCACAGGAAUAAAUUACAUUUUAAAAUAUAUUCAAAU